CGGGUUUUUCGGCGAACCGGACUCCUUCUCCAUGUACGGCAGCAACCGGGUGAAGAGGAGACGAGGUCCUCAUACGAAAGUGGUUCGUCGCAUUUUUACCAAUAGCCGGGAAAGGUGGAGACAGCAGAACGUCAACGGAGCCUUUGCAGAGCUUCGCAAGCUCAUCCCCACUCACCCGCCCGACAAAAAACUGAGCAAGAAUGAGAUUUUGCGCCUGGCUAUGAAAUACAUCAACUUCCUGGCCAAGCUGCUCAACGACCAGGAGGAAGAAGGAAACCAAAGGGGCAAAGUGAACAAAGACUCUGGGAUAGUCCAGGAAGACCUCCUGCAGGACAUGUUGUCUCCUAACUCUAGCUGUGGAAGUUCUUUAGACGGAGCGGCAAGCCCGGACAGCUUCACGGAAGAGCACGAAACACUAGAUUCGAAGCACACGCGGAGCCUGCACCACGCCAUUCUCCCCGUAGAAGGCAACGCACAGCGGUGAUGACCUUCCGCAUCGCUCCCGAAGCACCAUGCGGGGAGGCGAGACCUGAGCGUGCGGAUGCUGGAACUUGUGCCCAUGGGAUUUGUGACUCUCUCUUUCCCCAGGGGCUCGGGCUCCCCGUCCUCCCCAGCCCGGGACGGAGCGGCCAGCGCGUUGGCCGAGGACAAGAUCAAACCAGAUGGACGUUUGGCAUUUAGGUACGUGAUCGUACAAAGAAGAAAAGCAUUGAAGUCAUCUUCAUUGUACAUA